AUGAAGAAAGCCUUGUUCUGCGUGUCAUCGAUAGCUCUCGCCCAUGUGGGAUACACGCAGCUCUUCAACCAGGCCGGUCUUCGGCAACGGCCGUUGAAGAAUCCCCUGAACGAUGGGCGCGACACGUUCCUAGAUGAGCUGGUCAUGGAGUUGACUGUGCCAGAGCUCGUCCUGCAGAUGCACCUCAUGUUUGCCGAUAACAUUAUCGGACCCAACGGGGACCAUGGAAGCUACGACCGUAUGAUGCAACCUGCACCCUCGGCCGCCAUUGGAAUGAUCCAUGAUUGGUACCCGACCAACACAUCGCAAUACAAUGAACUCCAACGUCUGAACGCGCUCAAGGCCCGAGUCAACAUCCCGAUCCUUCAAACAGGCGAGUGUCUACAUGGCGUUGGCUCUUUUACCUUAUCCAUGUUUCCUCAGGCCAUCGGGCUGGCCGCCUCCUUCGACACGGGACUCGUCCAUCGCGUUGGGCGAGCUAUCGGUGUCGAGGCCAGCUCCAUUGGCGUGCGUGCUUGCUUCUCGCCAGUCCUGGACCUGGGCAAAGAUCCUCGCUGGGGACGUGUGCAGGAGGCUUGGGGGGAAGACGUAGUCUUGACUUCCCAUAUGGGGGUCGCUUAUGCAUCGGGUUUGUCUAAGAACAGCUCAUGGUCGGAUCCAGAUGCCGUUGUUCCUGUAAUGAAGCACUUUGCGGCCCACGGGAGCCCUCAGGGAGGCCAUAACGGUGCCCCGUUCUUCGGAUAUGGUCAUCGAUCAGUGCUUCAUGAAAUGCUGGUGCCAUUCAAGGCAGCGAUUGAUCUUGGAGGCGUCAAGGGGGUGAUGAUGGCCUACAAUGACCUCGACGAGGUGCCAUGCUCUGUCAAUCCUUUGCUAUACAAGGCUUUGGAUGAAUGGGGAUUUGACGGAUAUAUUACGGCCGACGAUGCUGGCCUUCUGCAGCUCUUCAAUCGGCACCGUGUCACUAGUUCUGUUGCUGAUACGAUCGCCCAGUGGCAGAAUGCCGGGGGCAUGGUGCAGUUCUAUGACUUCCCUUUGGACCAGUAUGUCGAAACCUUUGUCGACCUCGUCGCCAACAGUACGGUCUCCAUUGAAACCCUUCGCUCGCACGUUCGACGCAUCCUUGGCGUCAAAUAUGAUCUGGGCUUGUUUCACAACCGGUAUAUCACGGCGGAGGUUCAUCCGGAGUCCAUCACCACUGCCCACCAGCCACUCACCCUGGAGGCUGCCCACAAGACAAUUGUCCUGCUUGAAAACCGCAACAAAUUGCUCCCCCUAGAUCCUGGCCGGCAGGGACUACAGCGGAUUGCUCUCGUGGGCCCCUUCAGUGACACGUUCAACCACGGGGACUACUCGGAUCAAUGGGGCAGCGCCCAGACACUCCAUGCCAGCACGCUCCGCCAGGGAAUUAUGGACCAUCUAGAGAAACACUCUCCUGCCACAGAGCUGAUCACCAGCUGGGGGGCCAACUCAUGGAUGUACAACGCCCAGUACACCAUCCCUCCCUACCUGUUGACGGCUCAAGGCCAGUCGGGCGGGCUUUGGGCCACCUACUACGCGGACUCGCACUUUCAAGACGCCCGCUUUGAGACCCUGGAGACGCCGAGCCGGAACUGGGGCAUCUACCCGCCGCGAGAUCUGCCAUCCAAUAACUUCAGUGUCGUGUGGGAGGGCACAUUGUCUGUCCCCGUCGACACCGAGGUCGAAGGCUGGCUGGGGGUCGCCGUCAACCGCAACAACUGCGCCCGGCUGUAUGUCGACGGCGUGCUGCUCGUGGAGGUCCGGGCAGACAAUGUCUUGUCCAACAUCCCUGGCCGAUCAUACUCCGAGACGAACGGAACCAGCCCGCCCCCAGGGUCUGGACCCUUCACAUUCCGUCGGGGGGCCCAACAUACCCUCCGAUUAGAGUAUCAGGCCUGGAAAUACACAGGCCUGGUGGAGAACAUGGGCUCGCUCAACUCGCAGGUUCUGCUUUUCUGGAAUCUCGUCGAUCAUCCCAUGGUUGACUCGAAACAGGCUGUUGAGCUCGCUCGGUCUUCAGAUGUUGUCGUCUUGGCUGUAGGGGCCGCCUGGAACAGUGAUGGCGAGGGAGGUGAUCGUGCCAAUCUAGGCCUGUCUCCAGAUCAAGCUGCACUCGCAGAUGCAAUUUUCGCUCUCGAUAAACCAGUGGUGAUGGUUUUGCAGGGUGGUCGUCCCUUUGCGAUCCCAGAAUAUUACAGCAAAGCAGCAGCUGUGUUGAACACAUUUUUCCCCGGCCAAUCUGGCGGUCAGGCUAUCUCGGAUGCCCUGUUUGGGGUCAUCAACCCUGGUGGACGAGUGCCGUUGAGCGUUCCAUCCAGUGUGGGCACUUUACCAGUGUUUUACAAUUAUAAGCAGACUGCGGAGAGGGACUAUACGGAUCUUUCUUUCCAGCCGGUGUACCCGUUUGGCUACGGACUCUCGUAUACAACGUUCGAGACGGGCAAGUUCCGCGCGACGCAAUCGCAGUUCACACCGGAGUCGACAGUGACGUUCAGGGUGGACAUCACGAACACCGGCGAGGUGGCGGGCAGCUACGUGGCACAGAUAUAUCUGCUUGGUCGGGUCUCAUCCAUCACACGGCCGGUGAGACAACUGGUAGCCUUCUCGCGAGUGUACCUCGACGCCGGGGUGUCAUACACGGCGACCCUUGAGGUCGAGGUGUCUCGGUACCUGGCGAUCGUGGACCGAUGGGAUCGAUGGACGGUGGAGCGCGGUGAGUAUACGUUUGCCCUGCUGGAGAAUGGAGGGAUGUCUGUGGGCCCCAAUGUAACUUUGACGUGCAUUUAG